CGGGGCCGGGCUCUCCCCGGAGCCUUCCGGCGGCGGAGCGGAAGGGGCGGCGGGCUGCCAUGGAGGCGUGAGGGAGGCGGUGAGGGAGCGGCCGGCCCCGCGGCGCCAUGGACGGGGUGCAGCUGCGGAACCCGCGCCGGCAGCUGAAGAAGUUAGAUGAAGACAGUUUAACCAAACAACCUGAAGAAGUUUUUGAUGUGUUGGAGAAGCUUGGAGAAGGUUCCUAUGGCAGUGUGUUCAAAGCUAUUCAUAAAGAAACGGGUCAAGUUGUUGCAAUUAAACAAGUUCCUGUGGAAUCUGACCUGCAAGAGAUUAUAAAGGAAAUAUCCAUAAUGCAGCAAUGUGACAGUCCUCAUGUGGUGAAGUAUUACGGCAGCUAUUUUAAGAACACAGACCUGUGGAUAGUCAUGGAAUACUGCGGUGCUGGAUCCGUGUCCGAUAUUAUUCGAUUACGAAAUAAAACUCUCACGGAGGAGGAAAUUGCCACAAUAGUGCAGUCAACACUGAAAGGACUAGAGUACCUGCAUUUUAUGAGGAAGAUACACAGGGACAUCAAAGCUGGAAAUAUAUUGCUAAAUACAGAGGGGCAUGCUAAACUUGCAGAUUUUGGAGUGGCAGGACAGCUUACCGAUACCAUGGCAAAACGGAACACAGUUAUAGGGACCCCGUUUUGGAUGGCUCCAGAAGUGAUCCAAGAAAUUGGGUAUAAUUGUGUUGCAGACAUCUGGUCUCUGGGAAUCACCGCAAUAGAAAUGGCGGAAGGCAAACCACCAUAUGCAGACAUUCAUCCUAUGAGGGCAAUUUUCAUGAUUCCUACCAAUCCGCCUCCAACAUUCCGGAAACCAGAGAUCUGGUCAGACAAUUUCACGGAUUUUGUGAAACAGUGUCUCGUCAAGAGCCCCGAGCAGCGUGCCACUGCUACGCAGCUUCUGCAGCACCCAUUUGUUAAAAGUGCCAAAGGAGUGUCAAUUCUGCGAGAUUUGAUUAAUGAAGCAAUGGAUAUCAAGCUAAAACGUCAAGAGGCACAACAGCGUGAACUAGAUCAAGAAGAUGAAGAAAAUUCAGAGGAAGAUGAAACUGAUUCAGGUACUAUGGUGAGGGCGAGUGGAGAUGAAACCAGUACCAUAAGAGCUGUCAGCACACUGGGUGAUGGAGCCAAUACGAUGAUAGAGCAUGAUGGCACCUUGGAAUCCCAGCUGGGUACAAUGGUCGUAAACACAGAGGAGGAAGAAGAGGAGGGCACCAUGAAAAGGAGGGAUGAAACGAUACAGCCAGCCAAACCAUCAUUCCUUGAAUAUUUUGAGCAGAAAGAGAAGGAGAAUCAAAUCAAUAGCUUUGGGAAGAAUGUGUCUGGCCAGACAAAAAAUUCAUCUGAUUGGAAAGUGCCACAGGAUGGAGACUAUGAAUUUCUAAAGACUUGGAGCGUGGAUGAACUUCAGAGGAGGCUCUCAGCACUGGACCCCAUGAUGGAGCAGGAGAUUGAGGAAAUCCGCCAGAAGUACCAGUCCAAGCGGCAGCCGAUCCUCGAUGCCAUUGAAGCCAAGAAGCGGCGGCAGCAGAACUUUUGAGCCACCGGUAGAAAAUACUUCCAUCCUCAAACAAUCAGCUCCUUGCUUUUAUGACUACUGAACACAUUGAUUUCGAUUGAAAUAUGCUAGCAAAACAGAGGGCAAUACCUGUGCUCAUUUAUUUCUCCAUAGCACCUUUGUGAACUCAGGAAUGCCAUUAAGUGGAAAAUCCUGAUGGUAUGUUUUAGUGUUAGACAUGUAUUUAAAACGUUAUCCCAAGGAGUUUUGUUACUGGUUUUAGGUGGCCUGUUUUUAAAUCAGAGGAACAGGUAGAAAUAGACUAAAGAAAGUUGGCCCACUCUCUUUUCAACUGAACUUUCAGUAGUCUGUUUUCUUUGUUUUAAGUUAAUACGAAUUGUGGUAUUUAAUGGCUGCAACUUUUGUGUUUUUUGUUGUUCAUGUUUUUCUUUGUGAAUGCACAGACUCGAUUUUGAGCUGUUAACUGUAUCGUUCUGCUGUUAAGGUACUGAUAAGUUUUAGAUCACUGAACAGAACAAACUGUUCCAGCCUUUGAAAGAAACUUAAAUCUCAGUUUUUUAAAAAGCCUGUAAUAAGCCCCAUGCCUUACACUUUGUGCUUUAAGCAAGUGUGAUUUCUUCAAGACCUCAGUUUUGUCCUUUUUUUAUGUAAUUUGGGAAUUAAUCUUAGUAGAUAAAGCAUGUUGUGCCUCCAUCAGAAAUUAUAUUCUGUAACAUAAAAUCCACGUUGACUUAAAACCAAAAGCCAAUCAGUUAUCUGACCUAAAACAAAGCAGAUUCCACUUCAUCUGUCUCUUUGGAAAUGUCCUUUAAGGAAACCCUGCUGAUGGCGGAGUGCUGGGGAAAGGAACCAGUAUUUGAAUGGGUGGAAGUAGUGUGAACCUCUCCCGAAUUAGGUACUUCUGCUGUGUCUGAGAGGACUGAGAAGUCUCCACAGUUUGUGAAAUAUUUUAUAGGCUUCAUCAUUUCAAAUUUACAUCUUUAGGUGCUGGAAUAAAAACUUAAUUCACAAUCCUUCACAUUUCUGCACAUGAGAAAAAUUAAAAUGAAAAUUAACAUUUGUUGAUGCACAAAGAUGUGCGUUAUGGGGUGGAGUGGAGGCAGAGCUGAUCCGGCGGAGAAGACAAUGAAAAAUAUCCUACUGGAAGAGAUUCAGUCUCUUCCCGUUCCUCUGGAUGCUCCUCAUGUUCUUUCUCUUUAAAUUACCCUGCUGUUUCUGCCUGCUGUAGCUCAAUGAAAACACCCAGCAUGUACAAUCGCUGUGAGGAUGGUGCAAUUAUCUCACGCUGGUGGAGAGGAGGGUAAAACAGAGCAACGAUGAAGUGAGCCUGGCUGCAGGGCAGAGACCAGUGACGCCUCUGCCCGCUGGGCUGUAACAGCAGUUACCUAGUUUUAGAUGUCUGGUGAGUGAUGAAAUACUCGGACAGAGCAAUUUAUUUUUAUUGUGCUCUGAUGGAGAGAAGAGUUUCCGUGUCAUUCUUCUGCAAUAGGCCUUGGUACGCCACCCAGAUAAUUAAACUAAAUAGCAGUGUCUCCUGAACCCAAUGCUGCUGGAGAGAAGUGCUCACUUCAUGCCUCGAGAGGCUCUUUUUCCCUGCUCGGAGCAGACUUUUGCCCACUGUUAACAGGUAUACUCCAUUGCUGUGAAAGGAACCAAGCCAUUUGUACCCCCUCUGCAGAUCUGGUCGCAUCGGUUUGUCCCGGUUCCAUAGGCAGUGCUAACACAGCUGCUGCGGAGAUCAGCGGCCCAGCUGGCCCUAAGGCGAACGGGAGGCGGUAAGAGCUGUACGUCCUGGGAUAAUCAGCUGCUUGAUGGCCUCAAGCGUCAGGAAAGUUUGGAAAAGGCUUGCUUCCACAGCACAAGCCCAGUAAUUAAAAUCUUUGUUGUUAAUGGAUUAAAAUGCCUUACCAGUGACAGUCCGGACUCUGCUGAAGUCUGGUGAUAUGCUGCGUGAACACCGGGGCUCGCACAGCGCGUGUCCAGGAACUGCAAUACGCUUUGCCCUGAAUAUUUGUUACGAGCAAUAUUUAUGAGAGCCCUUUGCAUCAAAGAAACUCCCACAGCUUAGGAGGGAGUGCUCUGUUAAGUACUGCAUCUUGAAUUAGUCACUUGGAUGGAUCCGUCCCCCCUGGGCUCACCCAGGCUGGCUGUGCGCUGGGCUGCAGCUCUCCCAGCACCGUGCAGAGACCGGAGGCAGCUGGCAGGAGGCUGGGCAGCUCCUGCAGGGCCCGCUGAAGCUCAGCUUUAGGUCACACCUGGUUUGUACCUCUGGUGUGAUAGAUGUUGGGAUGUAGGAUGUGGCAAACUGCACUGCAUGCAUGGAUCGAGCAGAUUCUGCUGGGAGUAGUUUUACCUCUGCACUGUGUAGGUAACUUUCUAGUGGUUGGAGGGCAUUAGAAAACCCAAGUUUUUAGGUGAAGCACCCUAUUGUGGUGCAUAUUUUUGGAAUAUGCAACCUGUGUCUGCUGUAACUGAAUGUAAGCACUGUUGAAAUGCUCUGCUUUGCUGAUGUGAUUGUCUUAAAAUACAGCAAAUGAACCAAAAGAAGUAAAACUGGUCCAAUGGCUUAACUGUCUUUGAACCUUUCAUAAAUGCUUGCAGUAACUGGGACUUGAUGUUUCUUGCACAUGGAGCUCUGAUGCAGAGGAAUUAUUUUCUCCUUCACUGAUUUGCAAUCUGUUAGAGAAAAUAAUUCCCUAUUUGGUCCCUUGGUAGAGUGUCUGGGAGCAGAGUGCCUGCUCGCUUCUCAGAGUCCCUCAGACCCAGACCAAGGCUUGUACCCUAAGGGAAAGCUGUCCAACAAAGGUGUUAAGCAAAAUGCUUCCUUAAAAACGCUUCCUUAAUUGUGAAGCUGCAUUCACGCGCUCCUUGGGUCCAUCUGCAUUGCUGAAAGUGUUCUGGACAAACCAUUAUCUUUGCUUCUGAAACCCAGAGAUACCGAUGAUGUCAGUCAUGCGAGACAUAAUAAUGUGAAGUUUGUAGCUUUAACUUUUUUUUGUAACAAAGAAAUUAGCAACACUGGCAUAAAGUGCUGACUUGAAAUGCUCUUUUGUAAGAUCUGGCUGUUUGUAUAUAAUAGCGUUGGUCGUUAGUUUGUAUAUGUAUGGAAUAGUAACUUUUAUUGCGUUUUCCGAGUUUGAUACAGGAUAUUUUUGUUUGAUCUUUCUCAAAUCUUGCCUUAUUUGUUCAAAGGGGCAAAUAAACUGUCCAUACUGAAA